CGUGUGAUCAAAUAAAAUAAUUAUGGUAAAGUUCAGUAUAAACUACAAAGUCCUCUAUGUAACCAGGACAUCUUGUUUUAUUCACUUUUUUUAUUUGAAGAGCAUUCACUCACCAAAUGUCUACAAUAACCACGGCUGGAUGAGACUGAAACCAGGAGACAGAAACUCAUUCUGUGUCUUCCAUAUAUAAGUGGCAGUGACUCGACUACUUGGCUAUCACCAGCUACCUGACACAGUGAGAAUCAGCAGGAAACUGCAGUCAGUAGCAGAACUGGGAUUGGAAGCCAAGCCAUCUGAUAUGGGAUGCAGAAUCUCAAGAAGCAUCUUAACCACUGUGCUGUAUGCCCACCCCAGGACAGCUUUCUUAUUCUCUAAAGUUUGUUCCAAGUCAACUUUUUGUUGACCAUAGCCCAUGUGUAUAAAACAGAUCCGGGCAAAAUGAAGUAAAAAGAACAAGGAAACAUAACUCAUGCCUUUUCAAAACAGGAGUAAACUAGUGAUCAAGAUAUGUCUCAUCUAUAGCAGGUAAUCAUUUUAGAAAAUGGCCAUAGGUCCCUGUGGAGAAGACUUGGAAGAUUUUCAAUGUAAACUAGUGGCAGCAUGCAGUGAGUGAAUGCUUCUCAAAAGUACCUGACCUUCCCUUCAGUUGAAGAGCUGGAUGCUGGCCAAGUCUGCUGUGUUUUCGUGAUCUCUCUUAACAAUCCAGAUGAGUGAAUCAACAUCCCAAGAGGAACCCAAGCCUGCUCAGAAAAAUGAAAAAGAAGACAAUGAAAGGCAACAGAACUCAGCUGAAAUGAAAAAUCCUGCUGAGAGUUCACAGAGUGUACCAGAUGUUUCUGUAACAGAGACCAGCAACAAUGUGGGGAAAGAAGCAGCAGAUGAAAUCAAACCCCAAGAAUUAACCAUGGAGGAGCAGCCAACAGCUUCAACUCAUUCUGACCCUAGAACCUCAGGGAAUAUUGUGAUUAGAAAACCUGCAAAAGUGAUUUUGGAUUUAGAUGAAAGUGAACUGAAAUCAAAGCUGGAACAACCAUGGAAGAAAAAUCUUUUUGCAAGAGUGGAAGCAAGGGCCCAGGCGAUGCAACAAAAAAUAAUAGAUAAGGAUAAUAUGAAGAAGGAACUAGAAAAAAAGACUGAGAAGAUACUUCCUAAGGAUGAUUUGGCCAAAGAGUGGUUUAAUACCGAAAGCCAGACACUGAAUACUCGUGUAUAUUUGCUCGAUAAGCUUCUACCCACCUUGGUUCCUGCAGCGGAACAAAUGUUAAUGCAGAUGGAAAAGAAACAGUUUUCAACAGAAACUGACAUUGUAACCAAGUUUGAUCCAAUUAAUCAUUUGGGAGAAUAUUUAAUGAGAAACAAUCCUUUUUAUAUCAAAGACCCAGGCAUGUCUGGUUACCAGAGGGUGAUGAGAGAUGUCACAGAAGACCUGAAGAUUCAUGUUCCUGACACUAUCUGCAACAGAGUGUCCAAGAUGAAGGAGAAAGUUAAGCAGAAACGAGAAAAAAGAGAACGCAUAAGUCUAGUCAAAGCCAAGGUGGCCAACAUGCGUAAAGAAGCCCUGCAAGAGCAGUUCAAUGAAUGGAUUCUAGACCCCAAAGGAAUGAUUCCUUUGGUAGUGGUUCAGAAUGUUCUUCACGAAUUUUUUCAGAAGCCAGAAGUUGAACUUGAAUCAUGUUGUCAACAAUUGGAUAUUAUUAGCUCAAUGGAACCUGGAUUGAACAAAAUGGAAUUUACAGAAUACAUCUCCUCACACAUUGCAGACUUUAAAAGUGAAAUGUUUGAAGAACUCCUUAAACACCUUUGCCACUGUGCAGAUGAAUUCAGAGAGGUCAUAAAAGCCGACAUGCGGAGACAGAUAUUUGCAGAACUCUUCCUUUACUGCGAUCGAGGGAAGGUAGGAAUUUUGGAUCGGCAGAGAACACUGACCUUGCUGGAAAUGUUCUAUGACCAAAGUCCACGGAUGCUUAGGAGUUUACUCCGAAACCCAAGACAAUGGCCAUUCAUUGAAUUUGAAGAGAUAGUCCUGCCUGAGUUCUGGGGAGACAUGGAUAAUCAGAAGCACAUUUAUGAAGAUUUCGACAAAGUGCUCUUAGAGAUGAAUGCAUCACUUUCUGAAAGAAAUGACAGCAAAAGCCAAAGUAAAUUGUUAGAAAAUUCAGAAGAGAAGCAUACGCCCAAUGAACAGGUAGAAUCAGCCCCGUCGUCCAACCCACCAGAACAGCAGAAAGGAACAACUGCUGAAGAAGGAUCACAUAGAAUCUCAACUGAAGAACAAAGCAGAGAUCCAACUACAGAACCAGAACUGUACGGGGAAUCAGCAACAGAAGAAGGAAUCUAUUCAGCGUCAACUCCAGAAAAAGGAUCAAGCAUAGAGUUAAUAGAACAAGACCCACACAGAGAGUCUAAUAUAGAACAAGAACUACACAAAGGGUCAAUAGCAGGACAAACACCAGACAGACCCUUGGCUGCAGAGCAAGGAUCACACAGAGCAUCAAUUGCAACAGCAGGGUCCCGGAGAAAGUCAACUGCAGAAUCAGAGUCCCAAAUAGAAUCAAUAUCAGGGCAAGUUCAACAUGAAGGGUCGACAGAGGAACAAGGAUCACAAAGAGAAGCGCUUUCGGAACCUGAACUACACGCAGAAUCAGUAAUACAAGGAUCACACAAAGAAUCAGAGGAAGGACCCUUCAGAGAAGCAACUCCAGAAGAACAACAGGACAUAAACCCAACUUCACAACCAAGAAAAGGAACUAACAUAAAAGAAAGUACAAAAUCUAAGGCAACCAUUCCAUCUGUGCGCAUUGAAAUCCCUUUACAGGAAAAGCGUUCUUUGGAGCAAUCAUAUGAAAACUACAUACCUGUGAGGUCUGAAAUGCAAGAACAAGUUCCAACAUCAAGUAGAAAAGAUCCUAUUUCAGGAACUGCAAGAAAGGAAAGUCAGAAAGACAAAUCCUGUGAACCUAAAUCCCCAAAAAUAGAAGGAAAGCUCUGGUCAGGUGAAUUUUUGACGUGUAACUGGGGAAUGAAGUAUGUCAAAUUUGAAGAUGAGGAACAGGCAAAUAUAAUCUAUGGCAACUCGAGGUUCACAGACCUACACUCAAUUGUAAGAAAUAUUCAGUCUCACAAGGAAGUAAAAGGUAGGAGUGCCUUCAAUGCAGUUUCCUUCAACCUGCUCCAGUUUGUGCAACUCCUGGAGACAUUUGUCGGUGAGGAUACCUCCUUGAAUGUCAGCGAGACCCUUGCCUCAUUUUUUAAGAGGGGCUACGUUGAGAGGAAAGAAGAGAAAAUGAGUGCUUUAGAACAGGUAAGACAAAAUGCUUUCCGAGUCCGACGGGGGCUUCUCCUAGAAGCCCUCUUUCAGAAGUGGGACAGUGAUGGCUCAGGCUUCCUGAAUGUGAAGGAAGUUGAUGAACUCUUGUAUACAUACAAGCAGGGAAUGGAAAAAGAAUCUAUGAAGAAAGCUAAACUACACAUCCAAUUUGCAAAGCCACAUCCUGGUCAUGAAGUAAGGUUGUCAUCAAAACAAUUUCAGAAAUACAUAGAAUUGGUUGUGUCUGAACUCAGGGGCAACGAAGACCAAGUUCUGGAAAGCAUUGUGGAAUUUCUAAUGAACGCUUUAGAGAGGAGUCACAUUGAGUGUCUGAGGAAUUGUGCCAGACGGAAGUGGCUGCAUCAAAUCCAGCGUGCUGCAGAGAUGAGUGGCGUGUCCCUGGAGCCGGUGUACACUGAGACCUUUAAGGCCUUGACCCAGGAUGCUGAAACCCAUGGAAAUAAGAAGAUAAGUGCUCACAUUUCCCUCUUAGAAGAAAACGUCCUUCUGCCACACAGAGGGAGUGUUGUGUUAAGGAAUGUGGCUUGUACCGUAGAUGAUGCUCCAUUUGUUCUGAAUAAAGUACUCUACCGGGACAUGAAAGGAAUAAGCUUUACAGUCGUGGAUGAAGGGAAGCCAAUCCAUGUCCCCCAAGUUCAGCACCACGGGAACAUCUUCUUCUGGAACCAGUCUCGCAAUAAGGAGGAUUAUAACGGCUCCUUCCUGGCACUGCCUCUUCAGGAUGCACACAUGAGGAUCUUUGGGGUCUUGGCUGUUGACACGCUUAGAGAUCCUCACAAAAUAAACAUCUUCCUUCCACAUGAGAUCAGAUUCUACCAGGGUGUCGCCAAUGUCUUUAGCUCUGCCUAUCACUACAUCCACAGCCGCGAGCACAUCCUGCAUAUAGUGAUCACUGGCAUUGGCUGGCUCUCCAACAUCACAUCUGGCAUCGCCUCCAUCACUACAUUCUUUGUUGAGCCUAGCCCAAACCAGGAUUCAGACUAUGUUUUACGCAAUAUGAUGGUUACAGGGCAGCUGGGUCUGACAGAAAUCCACACGAAUCCCCCUAUCAUCACAAGGAAGUCAUGUGUCUUCAGAGAUUUCCUCUUUAAGUGCUCAGACAGUUCCCAGGUGGUUUUGGCUUCUGUCUGUGGAGAAACCCACAUAGUAAUUCCACUUCGUGAGAGAACAGGGGAGGCCCUGGGAGUCCUCGAUUUUAACAUUGGCCAGAUGAGGAUGCUACUAUAUCAAGAAUAUAAAGAUCUGCAGAAAAUGGUGAAGGUGGUCCAGGCUGCCUGCUAUGAAAUACUGGAUGAAUUAUCUGGCGAGAUAAAGAAAAAAUGUGUCUUAGAGAUUGAAAACGUAGGGGAAGUUCGGCGGGCAGGGAUCCUCUUCUUCCGCACCAUGCUGCAGGAGCUGCAGGAGUGCCUCCAGCUGCUCAGCUCCAUGAGCUUCGUCUCCCUGCUGCUCUAUGACCACAGCACCCAGGUACAGCCGGUGUCUCCCCAAGACAGCAAGGCCCGGGACCUGCGAGCCAACAUAAACCUCGUGCAGGACAUCCUGAGAGGCAUCAUCUUGUUCCUUCACCCAGAGUUGGAAUUUUCCAGCGACCUUCAAAACUGGGAUAAGUGUAAAUUUUAUGUUAACAAAUACCUAGUCAAGAACAUCUGUGCCUUUGAUCCAACUGCUAGCGAUUUGGAAAUUAAUUCAGAAUUCAUUGCUGACUAUUUCAAAGAUCAUUCCAGAACGGAAGUAUGGAAAUUUGGUGAUAUUGUCAUUGAACUACUAUACCACUGGGGACACAUCUGUUUAGCUCUCAUAAACAAAAAGCAAAACAGUGCAAUUAUACCACCGUUGCCCUCCAAGACAGACAACUAUAUUUGCGCAAAAAUGCCAGGUGCAACUUUGCCAGGAAAAUGUUAGUAGAAUUGGUACUGUAUUUAGGAUGUUUGGUCACCUUCAGUUUUGUUUGUUAACAUGAAAUGGUCUUGACAGGAAAGGAGUGCAACAUGGACACCGUCUGUUCAAACACAUUUCCUUCAGUGUGCGCUUCACUUCAAGAGAAAUUUUACCUAAAAAAUCUUCAGUUAAUGUCAUUAUAACUAAGUGCAUCUCGAGUGUAUUACAGAUUAUAAGGAAAAGUUCCUGUUAUUUGGAGCUGAGCAUCUGUUGCAAGACUGUUGUGGUUAGUUGGGUACAUAGUUUUCAUUCUUUAAAGACACAAAGUAAGACUGAGGAUUUACAAAAAAAAAAAAAAAGGUUGCAACUUUUACAGCAAUGGAGUACCAAAUAAUAAAGAUU